AUGAAUUCGGACAAGGUAGAAAUUAUUGGGUCGAUGCCAGAUGCAUUGGACAAUGUCAAGAUGGUUCAAAGUUUAACCGGGAAGGUGGCAGCCUUGGGAAGAUUCAUAUCUCGGGCGACUGAUGGAUGUCAUGAAUUCUUCAAGCUCACUAAAAAGGACCAUCGCUUUCUAUGGAUGCAAGAAUGUGAUCAAAGCCUAAGGGACCUUAAAGCUUACCUAGCUAUCCCUCAUAUAAUGGCUAAACUAGAGGAAAGAGAAAAGUUAUUUGUUUACAUAGCUGUCUCUAAGAUAUCCAUUAGCAUCGCCCUCGUGCGAAUAGAGGCGGAAAAACAGCUUCUAUCUACUACGGUUUUUGUCGACACGAUUUUUAAUGAGGCAACAACUGAACAACGUAUUGUUUAA